AUGUCCAGCAAGGAAGAUCUCGAGUCUGAGGUCCAGCGGCUCUUGGCCAUGAACACCAAGACCGUGGAUUCCAAGACCGAGAGCGUGAAAUCCCCGUUGAAAAAGGAGAACAAGAAGAAGGGCAAAUCCGGGGCGGGCGACGAGAAGACUCCGCUGCUUAACGACGGCGGCGAGAAGAAGGGCUGGGGUAUUUCGUGCGGAAACCCCUUCACCGGAUGCUUCUCCGCGUGCUCCGGCUGCGUGUCAUCGAUCCAGGCGGUGCUCGGUGUGUACGGCUCGUGGAUCGCCGGCGUGGUCCUCGUGGUCCUCGCCGUGUACCUCUGUCUCACCUUCCUCAUCGUCCCGUCGGGCGGCGGCAGCACCAAGGUGAAGCUCGCCUUCGAGAAGGACCCCGCGACGCAGUGGGCCGCAAUGGCGUCCGCCGCGUACAGGCCCAUCGAUUCCAUCGCCGACUGGACGUGCGAGCCGUGCCAGUCCGCCGACGUCAAGCCCAGGGACGUCAUCACGCAGACCAUCCCGGAAGCCGACGGACUGUUCUACACUUCCGUCGUCAAGACCGACAGCCACCCCAAGGGCGUCCUGGUCCUGGUCCUGCGCGGCACCAUGCUCGAGUCCGCCGCGACGUGGACCUCCGACCUCGACUUCUUCUACACCAAGACGAAGGGCAUCGGCGAAAACACCGACGGCAAAUUCGGCCACAAGGCGUCCGUCUCUUGGCUCCCCAAGGAGCUCGACGUGCACCCCGGCUUCUUCAAGCUGUACGAGAUGUACCAGAAGAAGGUCAUCCGUCUCAUGGCGGAGAGCACCUUCAUCCUGAAGAACCAGGAGUUCCCCGUCAUCGUCGUCGGUCACUCCCUCGGCGGCGCGCUCGCCACCUACGCCGCGUACGACCUCUACGCGUCUGGUUUCAACGUCCAGGAGGUGUGGACCUUCGGGUCCCCGCGCGUGGGUUCCGAGGAGUUCGCGUCCGCGUACGCCAACGUCCUCGGCCACCGCACGUGGCGCGUCGUUAACAACAACGACAAGAUCCCCCACGUGCCCCACUACCCCAUGUACCACCACGUCCCCGCCGAGCUCUGGUGCAAGAGCGACAACGGCUCCUGCAACAAGUACGAACACGGCGACGGGACGGGCGAGGACUGGUCCCUCUCCGGCCACUACCACUUCGCGGGCAUGCCCAUCAAGUCUCUCGUCGACCACAACCGCGCGAUGGGCAUCCCCUUCGACGGUGCCCCCAAGUUCCAGGAGGAUGCGCUGCUCACCACUUUCAAGAGCGGCGCGUUCACCGCGUCCUUCGACAUCAUCGCCGGACCGUUCCCUGACGAGUGCGCCGCCCGCGACGACAAGGACAAGUGCGAGAAGGCCAAGAAGGAGUUCACCGACACCAAGCAGCGCGCGAUCGAUUGGGCCACGACGAAUGAGCAGAACGCGCUGAAGAAGAUUAUGUACGUCGCGCCGCCGCACCCGCCGCCGCCGUCGCCGCCGAGCCCUCCCCCCGGUCAGCUGACAUUCGACGGCGUGAAGCCGGGGUUCGAGCCGGAGCUGGAGGACGCGGUGAACAAGUUUGGGGAUGAUAUCCAGGGGGCGGAGAGACGGAGGUAA